AUGAAGGUGAAGUUGCAACGGUUUCAGAGCGGGAGGAUCGCCCACCUGGAGGACGGAGAAUCCAUGCCAGCGGAGGAUGAAGAAUCCAUGCAAGCGGAGGAUGAAGAAUCCAUGCAAAUGAAGAAGCAGAAAUGGGGAGAUGCCGGGCUGAUCCAGGUGCCUCUCGCCGAUUACCGCGAUGUGAGUCUCGCCCGUCCGACCGAUUCUGACCCGAUUCCACGUUCAAUAUUGCAGAUAUUCCAGGUUCAAUGUAAUAGUUUUCCAGGUUCAAUAUUACGUUUGCGCUUCCAGGUUCAAUAUUACGGAUCCAUCGGCAUCGGCACUCCGCCGCAGUCGUUCAAAAUUUUGUUCGACACCGGGUCGUCCAACCUCUGGGUGCCUUCGAAGGACUGCAACGUCAACGACACCGCCUGCAGAAUCCACCAGAAGUACGACGGAUCCCGGUCCAGCACCUACUCGAGGAACGGGACGCGGAUCGGCAUCAGGUACGGCAGCGGGAGGCUCUCGGGCGUCCUGGCUGUCGACACCGUCACGAUCGGGGGCCUGGUCGUGCAAGGGCAGGCGUUCGCAGAAGCAACGAACCAGCCGAACUCGUCGUUCGCCGCGGCCAGGUUCGACGGGAUCCUCGGCAUGGGAUACAAGGCGAUAUCGGUGGACCUCAUCCCGACGGUGUUCGAGAACAUGGUCCAGCAGGGGCUGGUCCAGAGGCCGGUCUUCUCCUUUUACCUCAAUCGCGACAUGUCGUCCGAAGAAGGCGGAGAACUCAUUCUCGGAGGCUCUGAUCCCGACUACUACAUCGGGAAAUUCACCCACGUCCCCGUGACGCGUGAGGGUUAUUGGCAGUUCAAGAUGGACAAGGUGAGAGUGGGUCCUCGCGCCGUUUACUGCUCGGAGGGAUGCCAGGCCAUCGCCGACACGGGGACGUCGUUCGUCCUGGGACCUCAGGAGGAAAUCGCCGCGAUCGUCAAGGACGUCGGGGCGGAGCUCGACGGCUCGGGGAACUACAGGGUCGACUGCUCCAAGGUCCCUCACCUUCCGCUCAUCCGCUUCGUCAUCGAUGGAAGGGACUUCGUGUUGCAGGGAAAAGACUACGUCCUUCCUCGUUCGCAGCGUGGCAGUUCAUACUGCGUGGUGGGCUUUUCCGGGUCCAACAUCCCUCCGCCGAGGGGCCCGCUCUGGAUCCUCGGCGACGUUUUCCUCGGGAAGUUCUACUCUGAAUACGACAUGGGGAACAAUCGGGUCGGAUUCGCCUUGGCCAAGAGGAAAUGCUGA